CCCCGCCCGCCGCAGCCAUGAGCGGCCCCCGCCGCAACGGGGGGGUCCCGAGCGCCUCGCCCCGCAGCCCCCCCCCGUUAGAGGCCCAGAGCCCAGCGCUGCGGCCCCGCCGCGCCCCCGGCCUCGAGGUGGUGGUGCAGCCCCCGGCCCCCCCAGGGAGGGGCGAUGCGGCCGAGGGGCGGGGGGGGCCGCGGCGGAACCAGAACAUCGGCUACAAACUGGGCCACCGGCGCGCCCUGUUCGAGAAGCGCAAACGGCUCAGCGACUACGCGCUCAUCUUCGGGAUGUUCGGCAUCGUGGUGAUGGUCACCGAGACGGAGCUCUCCUGGGGGGUCUACACCAAGGAGUCCUCGUACUCGUUUGCACUGAAAUGCCUUAUCAGCCUCUCCACCGUCAUCCUGCUGGGGCUCAUCGUCAUGUACCACGCCAGGGAGAUCCAGCUCUUUAUGGUGGACAACGGGGCGGACGAUUGGCGCAUCGCCAUGACCUACGAGCGCAUCUUCUUCAUCGCUCUGGAGCUGCUGGUCUGCGCCAUCCAUCCCAUCCCCGGGCAGUAUCUGUUCACUUGGACGGCACGUUUAGCCUUCACUUACGCCGCUUCUGUGGCCGACGCCGACGUGGACAUCAUCCUGUCCAUCCCCAUGUUCCUUCGGCUCUACCUGAUCGGGCGCGUCAUGCUGCUGCACAGCAAGCUUUUCACCGACGCCUCGUCGCGCAGCAUCGGAGCCCUCAACAAGAUCAACUUCAACACCCGCUUUGUCAUGAAGACCCUCAUGACCAUCUGCCCUGGCACCGUGCUGUUGGUCUUUAGCAUCUCCUCCUGGAUCAUCGCCGCCUGGACCGUCCGUGUCUGCGAGAGGUACCACGACAAGCAGGAGGUGACCAGCAACUUCCUGGGGGCCAUGUGGCUCAUCUCCAUCACCUUCCUCUCCAUCGGCUACGGGGACAUGGUGCCGCACACCUACUGUGGGAAGGGGGUCUGUCUGCUCACCGGCAUCAUGGGUGCCGGCUGCACGGCUCUGGUCGUCGCCGUGGUUGCCAGAAAGCUAGAGCUCACCAAAGCAGAGAAACACGUGCACAACUUCAUGAUGGAUACGCAGCUAACAAAGCGGGUGAAAAAUGCUGCUGCCAACGUACUCAGGGAAACGUGGCUCAUCUACAAACACACCAAGCUGGUGAAGAAGAUCGACCAUGCCAAAGUUCGGAAACACCAGCGUAAGUUCCUCCAAGCCAUCCAUCAGCUGAGGAGCGUGAAGAUGGAGCAGCGCAAGCUGAACGACCAGGCCAACACGUUGGUGGACCUGGCCAAGACCCAGAACAUCAUGUACGACAUGGUCUCGGAGCUGCAGGAGCGCAACGAGGACCUGGAGAAGCGCAUCAGUGCGCUGGAGGGGAAGCUGGAGGCGCUGGGGCUGAGCCUGCUGGCGCUGCCGGCGCUCGUCAGCCAAGCCAUCGGGCAGCAGCAGCGUGAGCUGUUGGGGAGCUGGGCCCCCCGUCUCUGCCCCGCCACCGCCCCCUGUACCCCCGCCCGCCGCCGUCGCUCCCCCUCCACAGCCCCCCACAGCUCCUCGGACAGUGGGUGACCGUGGGGGUGGGAGGGAUGGGCCGGGGUCCCUUAUGUCUGGCCAUCGUGUGGCUGAUUUCAGUAGCUUUGUUCUGUAAAGCCCUCUAUAAACUUCCUGCGUUCACUGUGCUGGCGUGAGGCUGGAGCCCCCCCCUCCCCCCCCCCACCUCUCCAUGUUCCUAUUCGGGUGGUCCCGUGUCCCCCCCGGACCCCGGGAGAGAUUUGGGGGGUGGAACAGAAGAGCAGCCCGGGGGGGGG